CUCCAUUUCACCAACUCUCUCUCUCUCUCUCAUACACCGAAGCUGACUUAUAGCUGAGGAGGAGCGAGAAAACACCAUUCCAAAAGCAGCAGCAGCUGCGCGCAUACACCAAAAGCAAGGAAUAUAAAACGCCUCUCCUUCUCUCUUCUCCUCUCUUCCUUCUCCUUUUUUAAUUCCGUUGACGCCAUUCCAGAUGGGAUUCUCAAACCCAAAGCCCCAUCCCUCGUUCGAGAUGCGCGCCACCGAUUCUCAGAGGACCCGCACUCCUUCCUUUCUCAUCAUCAUUAUCAUCCUCCUCCUCCUUCUCACCUUCAUUUAACCGAGAUCCACACUUUCAUGAGUCCCGCGAUCCACCAUAACAAGCCCAUCUUCUUGUUCCCUUCCCUUUUCUUCCUUGACGAUUCAGGGAUCGGUUAGCCACAACCAACUUCUACUGUUGUUGUUUCUUUUUUUCCUCUUUUUUCUGGAAAAAAAUUCUGUAACUGUAAAUAGAGUAUAUGUGUUGACUCGUUGAUUCUCUCCCCCUUGAGAUUUAUUCUGCUUCUCAAGAGGAGGAAGAGAUCUUCUUCUUCUUCUUCUUCUUCUCUUUUUACCUUUUUCUUUUCUGAAAAAAAGAAAAAUUAUAUACAGUUAUUUGUUGCGGUCACCCGCAACGAUCGUCUGUUGUCUGUUACUUGUAAUUUUUUUUUUUUAAAAAAUCUUUUUUUGCCCUCUCGUAUUUUUUCGAGGGAUUUGUAUUGUUUUCUUUUAUUUUUGAAGAUUUUAUAGAAAUUUAAAUUAACAUUGGGAAGAGAAUACGAUUUGUGCCGGUGCCGGGGCUGCUUUUUGUUAUGUUUAGGAGAGCGGUUUUGGUUUAUGGGAAUACCCCAUAGAUCAAUCUCAGGUCUGAUAUCUACUGUUCGGUCUUGGAUCCUGCGGUGGGCGGGCGGCGGAGAUCUGUCUGGUGUUCUUCCGAGGGAGUUCUGGAUGCUAGACGACAGCUGCAAGAUGUGCUAUGAGUGUGAAGCACGCUUCACGGCGCUCAACCGCCAGCACCACUGCCGGAGCUGUGGGCGGGUGUUCUGUGCGAAGUGCAUGCAGGGCACAGGCGCUGGCGGGGAUGAGUGCGCGAUGUUUUGUAAGUUCUGUUUUAGGGCGAUCUGCGGGCUGGAUGCAGUUGUGGAGUACGAUGAGAAGAUGGAUGCAUUUCAGAGCGAUAGGCUGGCCCGCUUCUUGGAAUCGCAGCAGGGGUCUUCUCCUAAUGUGCGGAUGGGGAGUUGCACGCCGUCAUCAGUAGAUCCUUUGUCCCCGAUGUCUCUCCGAUGCUCUGCUAGCAGGAGUGAUGAAGAAGAUGCGGGAGACACCGGGAAGAUCUUUUUGAGCCCUUCUAGUGAAUACUGCCAUGAUAUUUCAGAUGUAGAUGCUAGCUGUAGACAUGAUUUUUAUAAUUUCAAGUCAGUUACUAUGAGUCCUUUGGGCAGCCCUUCUAGGAUGACUAAUAGUCCUAAUAGAGCCAGCGGCUCUCCACCGCAGGAUCAGGUGGGAAGCUCAACAUUUCAGGAUGAUGCUCUUCUGGAUCAAGAAUCCACAGGUGUUCUAAGAAGGCCUGGAAUGGAGGGUGAGGAUCUUGAAAAUACUGAUGAUUGCACUGACAACUUGUCUAUAUUCAAGAAUCAAUGCCAAGAGGUACAACCGCCAUUGGAUUUUGAAAACAAUGGCCUCAUUUGGUUUCCUCCACCACCUGAGGACGAAGAGGAUGAUGUAGAAGACAGUUACUUUGAGUAUGAUGACGAGGAUGAUGAUGUUGGAGAUACUGGCAUGCAAUUUUCGUCUAGUAGCUUUACAAGUGAUGCCUUCCCGGCUAGAGAGAGAUCGAAUGAUGGGCAGAAAGAACCUCUUAGAGCAGUGGUACAAGGGCAUUUCAGGGCUCUUGUAUCACAACUAUUGAAGGGAGAGGGUAUUUGUGUGGAGCAUGAGAAUAUCAGCGGAGGGUGGCUGGAGAUUGUUGCCUCAUUGGCAUGGCGGGCGGCAAAUUUCGUGAAACCAGAUACAAGCAGAGGAGGCAGCAUGGAUCCUGGCGAUUAUGUAAAAGUAAAGUGCGUGGUGUCAGGAAGGCCAAGUGAGAGCACUCUCGUUAAGGGAGUAGUUUGUACAAAAAAUAUAAAACACAAGCGUAUGACAUCACAAUACAAAAGUCCAAAAUUGCUUCUCUUGGGAGGAGCGCUAGAGUAUCAAAGGGUUCCAAAUCAGUUAGCCUCAAUCGAUACUUUACUCCAACAGGAAAUUGAUCACCUCAAGAUGACUGUUUCAAAGAUAGAGGCCCAUCGGCCAAAUGUUCUUCUGGUGGAAAAGAGUGUAUCUUCAUAUGCUCAAGAAUAUCUGCUGGCGAAGGAAAUAUCUCUGGUGUUGAAUAUUAAGAGGCCACUAUUGGAGCGUAUAUCUAGGUGUACUGGUGCUCAUAUUGUUCCAUCAAUUGAUCGUCUUUCUUCAGCAAGAUCGGGGCAUUGUGAUAACUUCCGGUUGGAAAGAGUCACCGAAUCUGCUUCCAUGGAUCAGUCCAACAAGAAAAUCACUAAGACUUUGAUGUUUUUUGAAGGCUGUCCAAAGCGUUUAGGGUGCACGGUACUUCUGAGGGGUCCAUGUCGUGAAGAACUAAAGAAGGUUAAACAUGUUGUUCAGUUUGCAGUUUUUGCAGCCUAUCAUUUAUCCCUUGAAACCUCCUUCCUUGCCGAUGAGGGUGCAACUUUACCUAAGAUAACAUCGAAAUCUCCAAUUUCCAUAUCAGAAAGGGCUAUGGAUGCACAUAGUGCGGUUCCAGUUAUUUCCGAUUCAUCCAUGCUCACCCCCUGCCAAAAACCAUUAGAUGAGAGUAUUGUGGGUAUUUGUUCUGAGCCUGACGAAUGGGAGUCACCAGGCAAGCAUUUUGAUCCUGGUACCGUUUCUGCUGUUCAUCCUGGAGUGGUAGUCUCUAGUAUUGGAAGGGCCUUUUCUGUUGCAUCUAGUGCAGAUUUGGUCUCAUAUGGGUCUUUGAGCUCAUUUUCUGGAACGCAGUUCCAGGACUUAAGGGGCCUGUCAGUGCUUCCAGCUGAUGGUAGGGCUGAUGCUAACAUUGCAGUGCAGGAAAGUUCCACUGAAGAAGGCAAGUUUGGAAGUCAUAGGCAGGCAUAUCCAGCUCAUGAAUAUGAAAAUGCUUGCAAGGCUGGUGGGAAUGGGGUCUCAAGUGAUUACUUCUCUGCUGCUGACAAUAAUCAAAGCAUCUUGGUCUCCUUGUCGAGCCGUUGUGUAUUGAAAGGAACUGUUUGCGAACGCUCUCAGCUCUUUCGAAUCAAGUUCUAUGGGAGUUUUGAUAAGCCACUUGGGAGGUUUCUUCGAGAUGACUUGUUUGAUCAGACAUGGAGAUGCCGGUCUUGUGAAGAGCCGCCAGAAGCCCAUGUACGAUGCUACACUCACCAGCAGGGCAGUCUUACAAUAAGCGUUCGGCGCCUUCCCUCCUUGAAGCUAUCUGGGGAACGGGAUGGGAAGAUAUGGAUGUGGCACCGAUGCCUCAAGUGUGCCCAUAAAGAUGGGGUCCCACCUGCUUCACGGAGAGUAGUUAUGUCAGAUGCUGCAUGGGGACUUUCUUUCGGGAAGUUCUUGGAGCUUAGCUUCUCUAAUCAUGCUACUGCUAAUCGUGUUGCAAGUUGUGGUCAUUCUUUGCAGAAGGAUUGCUUGCGGUAUUAUGGGUUUGGAAGCAUGGUUGCCUUCUUUCGUUAUUCUUCGAUUGAUAUUCUUUCAGUUAAUUUACCGCCUUCAAUGCUGGAAUUUAAUACCCAGAUUCAACAGGAGUGGGUCAGAAGGGAGGCAAUGGAGGUUUCCAAAAAAAUCAGAUUCUUAUAUACAGAGGUAUUCGAUGUACUCCAAAGCAUCGAACAGCAGAUCACAGAUUUAGGAUGUGAACCUUCACCGACAAAUGACAUUCGUGAUCACAUCAAGGAGCUGAAACAUAUGCUGAAGAAGGAAAGAGAUGAAUAUGAUGGCUUGUUACAAUCAGCCACUACAGAGAAUUGGCACACAGGAGAGUCAAUAGUUGACAUUUUAGAACUUAAUAGAUUAAGACGUUGCCUCCUUAUUGAUUCUUACAUGUGGGACCGUCAGCUCACUCUGUUGGAUUCUUGUGUUAAGACGAAGCCUCCCAUUUCCAAGGUCGAUCUAUGUCCACAGGAGAAUGCAAUGUUCAUCAAACCGAAAGAUUGGAGAAGUGAGUCACAUCGUAACAAUUGCGGUUCGACCUUGUUGGAGAAUCCCAGAGAUCUCUUACUGUCGAAGCAACAAGAAGAGCUUACUUUACAACCUUCAGAGGCUAAGUCAAAUGAACUUGUUAAAAUGGAUUCUUCAAUGAAGUCAGUUGAGGGCGAUGUUGGCCCUGAAGAAAUUGAUUCGACCUUUAGUCAUGUUCACAAACAGGAUGAAAGCCAUGUGGCUGGUGAAGUUCUGGUCGAGAAUACUCCUUUGGAGCGCAGCCCUUCAGCUGCAUCUGUUCUUUCGGAUAAAAUAGAUUUGGCAUGGACUGGUAUGGGCCAACCGGUGAAAGCACAGUUCCCCCAUGCAACAGAUGGACAGGAAGGCAGCUCAAUAGGCCAAAUCAAUCAAAUGGAGAAUAUACUGCACCGAAAAGUCAUGACGCCAAUGAGAGUAUAUUCCUUUGAUUCGGCAUUGAAAUUCCAUGACAGAAAUAGAAGAGGGUUGUCUCCCUUCUCUUUCCAUUUGUCUUCGGCCAGGUCGUUCCAUGCCUCUAGAGAUUUUGGGAGCUUUAUUUGGGAUCCCAUUCCAAAUAUGCUAAAGACCAGAUCUCAGACUUUCCCCAGGUCGGCCCAGAAAUUAAAUUUAUUGUUUGGUCAUACGCCAUCAUUCAUCUCAUCGAUUUCUCGGAUGUUGAAUGAAGGGGCCCGGUUGCUACUACCGCAAGUGAGUCAUAAUAAUAUUGUUAUUGCUGUUUACGACAACGAACCCACCAGUGUUAUAUCAUAUGCCCUCAGCUCCAAGGAGUAUGAGGAAUGCAUUGCUGAUAAGGUAGAUGAGCGUGAAGGCCGGAAUGAGAAUGACAGUAGCAGAGAUGAUGACAUCAGUAAUCUAUUGGGUUACCGGGCGGCCGUAUCUACCUUGUCCAGUUGGCAGUCAAUUAGCUCCCUCGACUCGGAUGAUAUCCAGUCUAGAAGCUAUGGAUCUGAUGAGGUAUCGACAUCGAGAGGGAGCCUUUUUAUGGAGUCCAAGAGAUCUCCCCAUGUUAGAGUUUAUUUUGACGAUGAAUCUUCAUCUCCUGCUGGCAAAGUGAAGUUUUCCGUGACCUGUUACUUUGCAAAGCAGUUUGAUGCUCUUAGGAGGAAAUGCUGCUCGAGUGAAGUGGAUUUCAUACGUUCUCUGAGCCGUUGCAGGAGAUGGAGUGCACAAGGUGGGAAAAGCCAUGUCUAUUUUGCAAAGACCCUUGAUGAGAGAUUCAUCAUAAAGCAAGUUACAAAGACAGAGCUGGAGUCUUUUGAGGAAUUUGCACCUCAAUACUUCACGUAUUUGAUGGAUUCUCUGAAUUCAGGCAGUCCCACGUGCCUUGCUAAAAUCCUCGGUAUUUAUCAGGUCACUGUCAAGCAUUUGAAAGGUGGCAAGGAGGUGAAGAUGGAUUUGAUGGUGAUGGAGAAUCUCUUUUUUGGGAGAAGUAUCUCAAGAGUAUAUGAUCUCAAAGGUUCCUCCCGCUCUCGUUAUAACCCAGAUUCAACAGGGAGCAACAAAGUUCUUUUGGAUCUCAAUCUGUUAGAAACAUUGCGCACGAAUCCAAUAUUUCUUGGGAGCAAGGCGAAGCGAAGCUUGGAACGAGCAGUGUGGAAUGACACGUCAUUUCUAGCGUCGGUGGAUGUCAUGGAUUAUUCUUUGCUGGUUGGGGUGGAUGAGGAGCGGAAGGAACUGGUCUUGGGGAUUAUUGACUUCAUGAGGCAGUACACGUGGGACAAGCAUCUGGAGACAUGGGUGAAGGCUUCUGGUAUCCUUGGGGGUCCGAAAAAUGCAUCCCCAACCAUUAUUUCUCCAAAGCAAUAUAAGAAGAGAUUUAGAAAAGCCAUGUCAACCUACUUUCUCACAGUACCGGACCAGUGGUCUUCUUGAGCAUCAACUAUGACCCCAUUGGGGUCUCGAGGCAUUGUUUCAGAUCGAUGAAAGGAACAACAGAGGUGAAAUUUGCAACGCCUUGUUGGAUAUGUGUAAAUAAUGUGAGUGAAUGAUGAUGUAAAUUUCCUUUUUUGUCUUUGGUUUUAUUGGUGUGUAAGCCAUUGACCUUUUAGUACUUGACAUGGUAAUUUUCAUGUCUUUCUAACCCUUCUAGGUGUUAAAAGGCUGGGCGAUCUGUUAUUGGUUUUAUCUGUCAGUAAUAAAUGUAUUGACACACUCUUUUUACAACAUGUACUUCUUAGUCGUGCUUC